UAGUCACUCGGUCACUCUCAUCUAUUCCCUUGGUAAAGUGUUCAAAGAGCACGACCAUGCAUUCUGUUACUUUUGCGGUAGAAAGGUCAACCUCAAGUAUGCGGGUUAUUAUUGUAAAAAAUGUGAUUUCGUAGCCCACUUGAAAUGCGCCCACGACAAUUCGAUUGCACCAAGUGACACCAUCAAAAUUAUGGCAGAUCGCCACUUUCUCACUCUCAUCUAUUCACUUGGUCAAGUGAUCCUGAAGGAGCACGACGACACAUUAUGUAACCUCUGUUUUACAAAGCUCAACCCCAAGCGUGCGGGUUAUUAUUGUCACCAAUGUGAUUUCGUAGCCCACUUGGGAUGCGCCCGCAAAAAUUCGAUUGAACCAAUUGAUACCACAUACUCAAGUGACUCAAGCAUAGAAUCUGAUGUCAAUGAGGAUAUCUACUUAGAAGAGGAUGAAGAGCGUGAGGAGGUCAAACGUUUCUAUCACGAACAUAAGUUAAUCCUCAGCCGCAACGAAGUCGAGUUUGAUCAUCGUAAGCUCAUCUGUGAAGGUUGUAUGCAAUCAAUUUCCGCCCCAUUUUAUAGUUGUGAGCAAUGCGACUACUUUCUCCAUAGUACCUGGGCUAGACUACCCUUAAAGAAGCGACACCCAAUUCACCGACAUAAGCUUACCCUCUCUGCAACCGGGGAUUUUACUGGUGGCCUCAGUUCUUGUAAUGCUUGUCGUCGUUUAAGCCAUGGCUUCGCUUAUGUAUGCCACCACCUCAACUGUGGCUACAACAUGGACAUCCGAUGUUGUUCAAUUCCGAAAAUCUUUAAACAUGAAGGUCACCGACACCCCCUCUCCUUUGCUAAAAGUUCUGCUGAAAUGUUUAAUGCUUGUGAUAGCUCGGAGAGCGGAUUAGGGACAAAUGGUGCAAUCUAUUAUGGUGCAGUAUUUGUAUGCAAUGAAUGUGAAUUUGCCAUGGAUUUUGAAUGUGCAACACUCCCCCUCAAAGUUAAGUGUGAGUAUGACUCACAUCACCUCUCACUUACUUAUACAGUUGAAAAUGAUUAUGAAGAAUAUUAUUGUCUAAUUUGUGAAGAAGAAAGAAAUACAAACCAUUGGUUCUAUUACUGUGUAGAAUGCAACUUUGCCGCUCACCCUCAAUGCGCAAUUGGACCGUAUCCCUACAUUAAGUAUGAAACGAAUUUUACUCAAGAAGAUGGUCAUCAACACCCUUUCAAUUUUUCCUGGAGAACUAAGAACUCUCAUCCAUGUGAUGCUUGUGGUAAAACUUUUGAAAAUGAAACUUUGGAGGGUGAAACUUCUGUGGGAGCUAUGGGCCUAAACUGUACACAAUGCAAAUCCAUUAUCCAUUGGGACUAUAAAUGUAUACGGAAAUUAGAAGAAAAACUUCUUAGCACUUAUUAG